AUGCCCCGUAUAACUCGUGCACGUUCCAAGAAGACUGGUCGCCAGCCAAGAGAGCGCGAAGGACAAGAUAAUGAAAUACCAGAAGUGUACCGUGAGAUGCUGGCUGAGGCCGAAGCUCGAGCUCCUCAUGAUCUAGAAAAUGAUCGACCAAUCAAAAAGCGAAAAGUACAAGGGGAAUCACAAGUACCUUACACUCCUUCGCAGAUCGCAAAAACAGAAGUUCAAUCUCCAUCAAUGAAAGAAGAGAAUGUCCACUCGCAUGUACAAACUGUGUAUGACUCUCCUAGCUCCGAUGAAUCGGAAAUGGAGUGGGAAGAAGUUGAUAUUCAGCAAACACCUGCUGCUCUCACCCCGCAAGUGCCUUUUUCCGAAGGGGAGAAUGAGAUCAUACAGCUUACCCUUGACCAGCAUCAGGACCAGAAGCGGAAGGUAAUUAGGAGGCGUAAACCAGUUACGGCAGCUGAGAAAGCGCUGAGGCUGCAAGCACAUAAAGUUCAUUUACUCUGUCUUUUGUCUCAUGUCCAGUUACGGAAUCUGUGGUGCAACGAUGAAGAGAUUCAGGGGUUUCUCAAGAAAAUGUUAUCAAGGCGUGUGAUCUCGCUCCUGAAUCCAUCACCGGACCAGCCGCAGUAUACAAGGUCGACAACGUUCAUUGACGGACUCAAUCAGGCCAGUGAUGCUUUUUUAAAGAGGUUUAGAGUUGUUAAGCCAGGUUUGAAACGACCUCAUUGGGCAGAAGAUCCUACUUCGUUGAAACAAAGAGUGGAUGAUAUUAUGUCAGAUGCAGAGGUCUUCUUAUCAAAGGAAGACUUUCGAAAACAAGCUAAGACAAUGCAAGGUUCUCGCGAUUUUGGUGCCCAGCUGUUCUGUGCCUUACUGCGUUCCGCAGCUGUGGAAGCGAGGCUUGUCUGUUCAUUGCAACCACUGCCGUUUUCUGGGACAACCAAACAAAUGGCACCUAUUAAGCCGGAACGGCAAAUCAUCGUUAUCUCGUCGGAUGAUCAUUAUACAUCUACAGACGAUUUGGCUAAAUCAGGGGCAUCCCCAACACCCCCGAGGACGAGAAGACUUGGUCGGCCGCAAUUCAAACCAUCAAAACCCCCGAAGAGCUUCACUGCUAGUACACGCCCUAGUACCCGAGAAUCAUCUUACCCUGUAUUCUGGGUCGAGGCCUUCAACGAGGCGGUGCAGAAGUGGAUUCCAGUUGACCCGUUGGUGACAAAGUCUCUUGCAAAGUCGUUCAAAUUUGAGCCGCCAUCAAGUGACCCGUAUAAUAGUAUGAGUUACGUUAUUGCGUUUGAGGAUGACGCCUCGGCACGAGAUGUCACUCGCCGGUACUCAAAGGCAUUCAAUGCCAAAACACGCAAACUACGCGUAGAGUCUACUAAGAAUGGUGAGGGAUGGUGGGCGAGGGUAAUGCAAUUCUACGAAAAGCCCGUCCUAGAGGACCGUGACGAAGUGGAAAUUAGCGAGCUUACAGCCAAGAUUGCUGCUGAGCCUAUGCCCCGGAAUAUGCAGGACUUUAAGGACCAUCCUAUCUACGCGCUUGAGCGACACCUUCGCCGCCAUGAAAUCAUCUUGCCAAAACGUGUAGUUGGUCAUGUUAGCGUUGGAAGAUCAGGGUCAAAAAAAGAAAUUUUGGAACCUGUCUAUCGCCGCUCUGAUGUUCACGCUUUACGAAGUGCGAAUAAGUGGUUUCGGUUGGGCCGUGAUAUAAAGUUCGGUGAGCAGCCGUUGAAGCGUAUUCCAUCCUAUAAACAUAGAGCCGUGAAUAUUGAGGAGGAUGGGGACACUGAACAGCACGCGGAAACUGCGCUAUACGCUUAUUUUCAAACAGCCCUCUAUAAGCCGCCACCCGUUGUUCAAGGGAGAGUUCCAAAAAAUGAAUUCAAAAACCUAGAUAUCUACGUGCCGAGCAUGGUUCCGGCUGGAGGAGUCCAUAUCAAGCACCCUGAUGCUAGCCGCGCCGCUAAACUUCUAGGUAUUGACUAUGCGGAUGCCGUAACGGGCUUUGAUUUCAAAGGACGUCAUGGAACAGCCGUACUUCAAGGGGUUGUCAUUGCUAAUGAAUACAGUGAGGCAUUAAAUGAGGUUUUGGACUGUCUGGAGGACCAAAAUCUACAGGCUGAGCUAGAGCAGAAAUCGGCCGAAGCACUUCGGCUCUGGAAGCACUUUUUGCUUAGACUGCGCAUCGCAGAAAGAGUCAAAAGCUACGCGGUUGAAGGAGAUGAUGCCGAUGAUGAAGAAAGCGCUGCGCCAAGUGACAAUGACUUUGGUGACGCAGAAGAGACUGGCGGUGGGUUUAUCCCUGAAUCAAAUCAGGGAGCUGUUACUUCACAGACAGAGGUGGAUCGUGAGGAGCUCUCAGCGCAAAAGGUCGCCCAAGAAUGCCUCUUUGAACGUCACACUGCGACCGUCACUAAGGACUAUGAUACUCUUGGUGGAGGUUUUAUCCCUGAUGAGGGCGAAACUCAUCUAAAGACCACAAAAACUCCGAUUUACGGAGCGGUAGAUGCUCCCCGAUACACAGAUAGAGAAGAGCAGUCUCUCUAUUCACUUAUUGUCGUCUCUGAUGAUGCGAAUACUGCGAAUAUCACGGCUCCCUACAAAGGUGGCAUAAUAUCCCACAAAGCCUCAUCCCCCGACCCAAUAGUUAAGGAACGCUCCCAGGAUGAAGACCGAGGAGUUCCCGGAGGUGGUUCAUCAAACCCGCCUCUCUUAGUGGAGUCGUCAGCUGCUGCAGACACGCCUCCUGCUAGUGUUGAGGUCAUUUCUCGACCUACUUCACCAAUGCAGUCACGUAUUGUAUCUCCUUUAUCUUCGGAUAAAGGGUCAAGAAGUAAUGAUGAAGGAUCCUUGCUAUCGCAUGACCCAGAAGAUGAAGAUGCAAUUCCCGAGUGGCUUAUGUCUGAUUAA